GGCGCGACCUGGGGAAGGUAGCACGCGUCCGGCGGCGGACCCAGCCAUGCCGUCCCGGGUGGAGGACUAUGAAGUGCUGCACACCAUUGGCUCAGGCUCUUAUGGUCGCUGUCAGAAGAUCCGGAGGAGGAGUGACGGCAAGAUGUUGGUUUGGAAAGAACUUGACUAUGGCUCCAUGACAGAAGCUGAGAAACAGAUGCUUGUUUCUGAAGUGAAUUUGCUUCGUGAACUGAAACAUCCCAACAUUGUUCGUUACUAUGAUCGAAUUAUUGAUCGAACCAACACAACACUGUACAUUGUAAUGGAAUAUUGUGAAGGAGGGGAUCUGGCUAGUGUCAUUACUAAGGGAACCAAGGAGAGGUGGGGAAGAAAGGAACAAAUAAGUCGCAUGUCCUACAAUGAGAAAUCAGACAUCUGGUCACUGGGUUGUUUGCUGUAUGAGUUGUGUGCAUUAAUGCCUCCAUUUACAGCUUUUAACCAGAAGGAAUUAGCUGGGAAGAUCAGAGAAGGCAAGUUUAGGCGAAUUCCAUACCGUUAUUCUGAUGAAUUGAAUGAAAUUAUUACGAGGAUGUUAAAUUUGAAGGAUUACCAUCGACCUUCUGUUGAAGAAAUUCUUGAGAACCCUUUGAUAGCAGACAUGGUUGCAGAAGAGCAAAAAAGAAAUUUUGAGAGAAGAGGGCGACGAUUAGCAGAGCCAGAAAAGUUGCAGGAUUCCAGCCCUAUAUUGAAUGAGCUGAAGCUAAAGGAAAUUCAGUUACAGGAGAGAGAACGAGCACUCAAAGCAAGAGAAGAAAGAUUGGAGCAGAAGGAACGUGAGCUUUGUGUUCGUGAGCGACUAGCAGAGGACAAACUGGUUAGAGCAGAAAGUCUGCUGAAGAAUUACAGCUUGCUAAAGGAACAGAAGUUCCUGACUCUGGGGAGUAGUCCAGAACUUCUUGAUCUUCCAUGCUCAAUAAUUAAGAAGAAAGUUCAUUUCAGUGGGGAAAGUAAGGAGAACAUCAUGAGGAGUGAGAAUUCUGAGAGGCAGCUCACCUCCAAGUCCAAGUGUAAGGACCUGAAGAAAAGGCUUCAUGCUGCUCAGCUGCGGGCUCAAGCUCUAUCAGAUCUUGAAAAAAAUUAUCAACUAAAAAGCAGACAGAUCCUGGGCAUGCGCUAGCCCUAGGGAGGCACAGACCUGUUUACCGUAUUUAAUACCACCAAGCUUUAAAGAUGGAUAUUAAACUGCUGUAGCUUCCUCUACUUGGUUCCGUGAGCCAUGCCUUCUUAUAUAGUAAGCAUGAUAUUUUGGAACUGCCUUUGCUGUUCCUCAGCAACAAUUGUACAAAAUGUUCACACCUUAAUUUUUCUUUCUUUUAAGAACACUUUAUAGAAAAAAAUGAUACUUUCUUGGUUGAUUGGGCUUUUAAUCCUGUAUGCAAUUACUGCUAGGAACAUGAGAUGUGACAUUCCAAAUCUUAGGAGAAAAAAUAAUGUUAGGAAA